AACAAGUUAAAAGCAAAUAGAAGUUAAAACACUGAACAACACUAUACUAUAUCUGGUUUAUGAAACUACAUUAACUACAUAUCGAAGAAAAUUUAGUUUCUUAAGUACAAUUAAGAUAGAUAAUUUUCAGAAGUUAAAAGAAAAUUUAAUAUAAAAAUAAACCUACUUAAUUGUAGCUGAAUAUGUCACGUCCUGACACUCUUAAAAUUUCCUAUUGUCUGUAAAACUCAAAAACAGGACAGCUUUGUAACAAACGUAAAUAAGAUAUACCUUUUCUAAAAUCUUCAAACGCAGUUUUAUUGAAAUCAAUACCGUGGCAGAAUUUCACAACACGGGGAGACGAAACAAUAACAAACUGUAUGGUAGUGUGUUUUACAAAAAUGUUGCAAGAGUAAUCGAACCUUGACCUGACCCGGAAGUAGGUAUUGGCGUAAUGGAAACGAAGGAAACUCUACAGUUUCUACAGUCAAAGAAAACUAUGUAGUGACAGAGUCGGUAGUUUUAUUGAAUAUAUGAAGAAGUGACUGUCUGUUUCUACCUAUUGAAUACUUGAGGUAUAUCUUAUUCCAGCGGAAAAUCUCGUAAAUCUAACGAUAUUUGACAAAGGGUUUGAAAUAGAUGUUCAAUGGGUGCUGGUGUGGUCAAGCCAGAACAGAAUGGAAUUCGUAUACAAAUACAUACAGGGAGAAAUCCAGCAAACAUGGGGAACCAUAAUUCUACAGAUCUAAAGUGUGAGGAAUGUACAUCUAAGUUUUCACAGUUCAGAAAACAGCUUCCAUGUAAAGAUUGCGGGAGGACAUUUUGCUCAGUAUGCUUCGUCCCAGCCAGAAAGCAGUGUAAGAAAUGUCAAAUGCUGCUAUCUGGCAAUUUCACACGACCACAACUGAAACAGUGGAAACCUAAAGACUUGAAGGCUUUAUUACACAAACAUGACGUGAAUACGUCCAAGUGCCAUGAGAAAGAUGAACUUAUUGACCUUAUAUUUUCAUAUUUUGGGAGCACGAGCCGAGGAGGAGCGGAACAGGAGAGGGGAAAUUCAGCGGAUUACGCUAGACAACAAAACCACUCUCAGCAGCGAUCAAAUGUAGCUGGUGCUAGUCAGUCAGGAUAUGCUCAAAGUAGAACAGAGACCAGUCAGGAAGGAAGUGCGACACAUUUUAAUCAAACAAGAAGCGGAUCAUAUAACCAGUCUGGAACUGGUUCACAGUCAGGGUAUGCUCAGAGUACAACAGGAAGCAAUCAGCCAGGAAGUAGAACAAGUGAACCAUUCAAUAAUAAUGGUACACAGUCUAAUCAGACAGGAAGUGGAUCAUAUAACCAGUCUGGUACUGGUACUGCGUCAGGAAGUAAUAACCGGUCUGAACCCUCUGAACCAGAUGAGAAAAAUGAGGGUGAUAUGCCUCGUAUAAAACUAGAAGAUAUCAAAUCAGAGGAACACAUAGAGCAGCUCAGUAUUAAGUGCCUCAAACGUCUUCUGCUCAAUAAUUUUGUUGACUACAAGGGUUGUUGUGAACGCUGGGAACUCCAGGAACGGGUGAAACGGCUCUGGAAUCAUGAUCAGAUAAAUAAACAGAAAGCUGACCAGCAGCGAAAGAUCUCUGAUGAUCCAUCGCUUGCCACAAGUACAUCUGCCAACAGUGAGGACGACAUGUGUAAAAUAUGUAUGGAUGCUUCCAUAGACUGUGUGCUCCUAGAGUGCGGUCACAUGGUAACGUGUACACAGUGUGGUAAAAGACUGUCCGAAUGCCCUAUAUGCCGUCAGUAUGUUGUACGUGCCGUGCACAUAUUCAAGGCAUAACAUUUACCAGGCUGCUGUGGGAUAAAAACAGUUCAGCAGAUAAAGCAACAAGUGUGAUAUAAGCAUCAACAAAUGUUGGUGCUAUUUGUUUAUUUUGUAUCCAGUGUUUACAUACAAAUUCUUGGCCUUACAAGUGCAUAACUGUUUCAACAUUACAGUUGAUCAUGUAUUACUAAAGCACAUCAGCUGGAAAAAUCUACAUCAGAAAGUGACAAAUUGCGUUUUAAACAUAUUGGCAUAGACCAGUAUCAAAACUUUCUAGCUGGCUUGAGAUCUUAUGUACAACUUAAUAUUGAAGACCAGUCUAAAAUCUGUGGCAUUUGAUUGGUUGAUUCUUUGGUUAAAUUUGAAUUGACCAAUGAUAAAGCUGAAUUAUGAGUUUUGUCUCCAGACUCAGUUUUUAUAACCUUGAAACUCAGUUUAACCAUGUCAUCAUAUUUUGUUGAAUGGUUUUGAAAACUGUUUUGGUGCUAAAAAUUUCAAUAGCCUAAAUCAGAGGAAGAUCUGCGAUUCAGGUGGCCAAACUUUUUGAAACAGUGCCUAGAGGGGCAUGCUGAAUCUCCUCUAACGUUCAAGCUGGAAAGUCGCCAUUUAACCUGAUCUGUGAUGCCAUGACUUUGAACAGAAAAACAACAACAACUAUUCUUGGAAGGUUAUGCACUUAGAUGGUCAACUACAUGACUGUAUCUCUCUUGAAAAGUGGCACUCAGAAUUGCUGUUGACAUACCUCUCAAAAUAGAGACACGUUUCAGUCUUCCUAGGAGUGUGAGCUGUUGAGAGGUUGUACUGUAAACAGAGUAGGGACCAAAUUUUCAUUAAAUUACUUUAUAAUACCCCCCCCCCCCCCCCCCCCCCCCCGCAGAUAUAAUUAUUUUGGGGCUGUAUUGGAGUCAUACACAUCCAUCUGUCUACCUACUGGUCUGUCUGUGUGUAAUUCCUUUCUGUUGGCAUGUCUCUGAAACUGUUCAAAUGAUUUUCAAAUAUCAACACAAAAAUGAUUUUCAAAUAUCAACACAAAAAUGUUUGCCAUCAUAAUAUGAUGAGAAUUUCCUUUGACUCAUUCUGUAAGUACAAGGUCUUGGUCAUACUUCAAAGUCAGAGGUCAAAAAGCUGAACAUGUCUGCUAUGUGUGUUCUUAUCUGCUGGAAGGGUUUUCAUGAAACAAGCAGCAAUAUUUUAUCUCAUAAAAGCAGUGUGACAUUGCACAACCCAGGUUACUUAGUCCAAGGUCAAGGUCACCCUGGGAGGUCGAAGUUAGUCACUUUGAUUUAAACUUUUAAUGGAUUUUCAAAUAACUGCUUAAAUGUUCACAUUGUAAUAUGUCGAAUAUCAUGCCUGACCCAGAUCAAGAGGUCCAAGGUCAAGGUUACACUUGAGGAAAAUGUUAAAGUAGUUACAUUUUAUGAAUGUUUCAUAACUUACAAAACUGCUAUAAGGAUUUCCAUGAAACACGUCAGUUGUUAACCUCAUUAGGAUGACAUGCAGUGUACAACCAAGGUCAAUAGGUCCAAGGUCAAGGUCACACAUGGAGGGUAAAGAUCAUGAUCACAAUAUGUAACCUUCCCUGUAUUUGGUAUGAAUCUCCUUUAGUGAUAGAUCUUGUUCAGCUUUCGGGGUAAAAAAUGUAGUUGCCUAGACAUUUUACUUGAAGUUGUAUUGGUUCUAUAAAUUGAAGCAUGGGUUAUGUAAAUUGAAUUUUAAACUCACUUUUACCUUUCUCUCAGUGUGCAGUGAACUAAUUUGUAAUCGUAAGAGACUAAUAUUCGUGAUUUUUGUGUUCGAUCUAUAAAAGUCCCAUUCAGUUUAUAUACAAGAAUUCAUAUAUAUGCAUGAAAUAACCAUUUUGGUAAAACCAUGAAAUUACAUGAUAAUGAUAUUAAAUAGUUUUACAGUAAUUCGACAUUUCAGGGAGCAGUAUUUAUAAAAUAAUGACACUAAGGGUACUUUUGUCAAGUUUGCUAAUUUGAAUGUCACUUUUCAGAGAAUGGUUUUUGUAUAUAAUUUGUUAUUUAUAUAUUUUGAGAUUUUUACAUUUGUUUUAAAGAAUUAAUGCAUAAUGUAGAACUAACAGUUGAUAUAUUUUUGUGAGAUCUGUUGUAUUUUGACAGUGUUUCUAUUUGUUGUUGUAAAAUGCUGUCACUGUUGUUAUUUUAAGGUAGUGACCGAACUGUAAUGGCAGUUGGCAAUUUCCAGUAAUUUCAUUUUAUGAUUUUUAGCUCAUCUGAUUUUUUUGAGAAAAAAAUGACGAGUUAUUGUCAUCACUUGAUCGGCAUCGGUGUUGGCAUUGCCUGGUUAAGUUUUAUGUUUAGAUCAGCUUUUCUCCUAAACUAUCAAACCUAUUGCUUUAAAACUUGCAACACUUGUUCACCAUCAAUAGCUGACUCUGUACAGCAAGAAACAUAACUCCAUCCUGCUUUUUGCAAGAAUUAGGACCCUUUUUGGACUUAGAAAAUAUCAGAUUUCUUGGUAAAGUUUUAUGUAUAGGUCAACUUUUCUCCUAAACUGUCAAAGAUAUUGCUUUAAAACUUGCAACACUUGUUCACCAUCAAUGGCUGACUCUGUACAGCAAGAAACGUAACUCCAUCCUGCUUUUUGCAAGAAUUAUGGCCCCUUUUGGACUUAGAAAUUCAGAUUUCUGGGUUAAGUUUUGUGUUUAGGUCAGCUUUUCUCUUAAACUGUCAAAGAUAUUGCUUUAAAACUUGCAACACUUGUUCACCAUCAAUAGCUGACUCUGUAACAGCAAGAAGCAUAACUCUGUCCUGCUUUUUGCAAGAAUUAUGGCCCCUUUUGGACUUAGAAAAUAUCAGAUUUCUUGGUUAAGUUUUGCAUUUAGAUCAACUUCUCUCCUUAAUGGUCAAAGCUAUCGCUUUAAAACUUGGAGCAGUUAAUCGCCAUUAAAAGCUGACUCUGCACAGCAGGUACUGUAUCUCUACACUCAGGGCUCACACUGGCCUCCAAAAAAUAAUAGCCAACUUUUUAACCUAUGAAAAAUUAAUAGCCAAAAUUGAUGCGGAUCUUUGCGUGCAAUUUUUAUUAACAUAAAAAUGAUAAAUUUUAACAUAUAUUUUCUUAAUUGCUUUAAAAAGUAGUAGGCCCCAACAGAGGGUGUGGGAAUCUGGGAUUCAGGAAAAUUACCUCAUAAUAUUGGUGGUGGAGGUUCCACUAUAAAUGUUUAAAAUGCUAUAUUCUGAUGGAUUUUGAAGGCAUUUUCAGGACACAUAUUUAGUUUGUGUAAGGCAGCUGAAAUGGUUGAUAUUGACUGCAUGCAUAUGAGUUUAUGACAUUAUGGACUGGGCAAUGGCUCAAUUAGCCCCAUUCAUGCACACACAAUAUGGACACAGUUGCACACAAUGGAAAGUUUACCAAGUCUUUGAGUAUCAUUCAUGUUUAUACUUUUUCUUUAUACAUAUCAAAAGUGUUUUCAUGCUUCUUUUGACCAUAACUGCAUUUAAAUUGCUCGAAAAGUACAAAACAAUCAGGUCGCGAAAAUACGUGAUAUUUAGCAUCUAUUCACACUAUUGAAUUACAGCUUUUUGUCAUUAAGUUUUUUAUGCUUUAUUCAAUAAAUAUACUAAUUUUUAA